CAGUCAAACUUAGCAAUGCGUGUGAUAUGGGUGCUAGCAACGCUUGUAGUCCUAGUCAACGCUGGGACUCUCAAGGACCCACCGAAAGUGCGCUACGAUGACUACAGUGUCCAUCGCCUCAGCAUCAGAAACAAGAUUCAAUUAUCGCUAAUAAACAGACUGAGCGAACUCAGCGACAAGUUCAAUGUUUGGAAGGAGUAUGAUGAGCACUCCAAGCAGGUAGACAUAAUGGUCAGCCCCGCUGCCUCAAGGCACUUUCAGUUGCUUCUUAAGCUGUAUGGCAUUAGCAGUCAGCUCUCGAUACCCAAUGUACAAAAGCUUAUCGACGACGAGCAUGUAUCCAGCAGAGAUAGCGGCACUUUUGGUUGGAGGCAGUACCACGAGCUGGCCGAGAUCUACGAAUGGUUAGAUAACAUUGUUGCCACAUAUCCCACCGUAACCGAAGAAUUCUCUAUUGGUAAAUCGUACGAGGGGCGUAACAUUCGUGGCAUCAAGAUUUCCCAUGGGGCGAAUAAGCCCGGCAUAUUCAUAGAGUCCAACAUCCAUGCCCGUGAAUGGAUCACCUCCGCCACUGCAACCUGGUUCAUCAACGAGCUGCUUACUUCGCAGAAGGAAGAAGUGCGCAACUUGGCCGAGAGCUAUGAUUGGUAUAUUAUUCCCGUGUUUAAUGUGGAUGGCUUUGAGUACUCCCAUCGAUCUAACCGCUUGUGGCGCAAGACGCGGCAGCCACACGCCACCUCGAAGUGUAUUGGAGUCGACGGUAAUCGCAAUUUCGACUCGCACUUCAUGGAGAACAAUGGUGCUUCGGCGGACCCCUGCAGCGAGACAUAUGCUGGCGAGGAUCCUUGGUCAGAGCCAGAGACAAAGGCGUUGGCCGACUACCUAACGUCCAUCAAGGACAAGUUCGACGUGUACCUCUCAUUCCACUCCUAUGGUCAGUGGUUGCUUUCCCCUUACGGUCAUACAGCUGAGGAGUUUCCAGAGAACUACAACGACCUACUUGAAAUAGGCGCUGCCUUCGGCAGUGCCAUUAAAAAUUUAGUCUACAGCACCGACUAUGUUCAUGGCUCCACGGCUUCCGUCCUGUAUGUCGCUUCCGGUUCGUCUGUGGAUUGGGUCUUUAAUGAGCUGAACAAGAAAGUGGCUUACACCAUUGAGUUUCGCGAUAAAGGCAACUUUGGCUUUGUACUGCCACCCGCUCAGAUCCUGGCGAACUGCGAGGAGCUGAUGGCUGGCAUGGUUGCUCUGAUCGACAAGGCGCACAAUUUGAAGUACAUAUAAUCCAAUGUUUAUUGCUAUCAUUUACUUAUCAUUAAAGUACCGCAAGUAGGAGGUCAGCAGGUCA